CCUCGCUGGUCCCCCGCCGGGUCCGGGGAGACUGCCUCCUUCCCGGGCCGCCGCUGAGCCGCGCCACCGUCCUCCGGUUUCCGCCGGCUCGAUGCUGCGGCUGCCGCGGGAGAGGCAGCACCCGGCUGGAGCGAGCGGCUGCGGGCGAGCUCCCGGCCCCGGAGCCCCGCGCGCCUCUGCGGUCUUCGCGCCUGGGCCUCGCCGGCACUUGGAAGUGAAGAAGCAGCACAACCUCUUAUCUUGGAUAAUUUCUAGUGGACAAGAUAGCAGCAGCCUCCUGGGCCUCCGGCGCCCUUACUGCAUUCUACACCCUCAAGAACAGAGAGGACCUCUGGGAAACAGGUUCCUAAAAGUGUAGGAGGAUUCUUUACCACUGAGCCACCAGGGAAGCCCUCAAUAUGUUUUUUAAAAAACUGCUGUUACUGGAAGGGGACGAAGUGGAGCCAGCGUUUGCUGCACAUGUCCUAAAGGUCAGGCUCGCUGUCUCGCUGCCCUUGUUUCCUCAAUAAACUAGGUGGGCCAGCCAUGAGAGGGUACCUCCUGGCCAUCUUCCUGAGUGCUGUCUUCCUCUAUUAUGUGCUGCAUUGUAUAUUGUGGCGAACAAAUGACUAUGGGGUGACACCUAUGGAAAUGAAGCCGAGAAAUAAGAUCCAGUCUUGUUUAUUAAAGCCAGCUUUUGCCUCUCUCCUGAGGUAUCAUCAAUUUCACCCUUUUCUGUGUGCAGCGAAUUUCAAAAAUACUGCUUCCUUCUACGGUAGCGAUAAGUUUGAUUUGCCCUAUGGGAUAAGAGCAUCAGCCACACACUUUCGACUUGCUCUUUGGAAACUGCCAAAUUGUGAUCUCUUUGAUGAGUUUGACAAUGUGCCGUGUAAGAAGUGUGUGGUGGUUGGUAAUGGAGGAAUUUUGAAGAAUAAGACAUUAGGAGAAAAAAUUGACUCCUAUGAUGUAAUAAUAAGAAUGAAUAACGGUCCUGUUUUAGGACAUGAAGAGGAAGUUGGGAGAAGGACUACCUUCCGACUUUUUUAUCCAGAAUCUGUUUUUUCAGAUCCUAAUCACAGUGACCCUAAUACUACGGUGAUUCUCACUGCUUUUAAGCCACUUGAUUUAAAGUGGCUGUUGGAAUUGUUGACAGGUGGCAAAAUAAAUCCUAAUGGUUUUUGGAAGGAACCAGCCUUAAAUCUGAUCUAUAAACCUUAUCAAAUCAGAAUAUUAGAUCCUUACAUCACCAGAAUGGCAGCAUACGAACUGCUUCAUUUCCCGAAAGCAUUUCCCAAAAAUGAGAAACCCAAACACCCAACCACAGGCAUUAUUGCCAUUACAUUGGCAUUUCACAUAUGUCAUGAAGUUCACCUUGCUGGCUUUAAGUACAACUUUUCUGACCUCAAGAGCCCUUUGCACUACUAUGGGAAUGCCACCAUGUCUUUGAUGAGUGAGAAUGAAUAUCACAAUGUGACUGCGGAGCAGCUCUUUCUGAAGGACAUUAUAGAAAAAAACUUUGUAACCGACUUGACCCAAGAGUAACCCUACAGACUCAGAAGAUAAUGCUAACAGUGUUAGUUUUAUUUUUAUACUGCCAUUUUUAGUUUAUUUUUAAAUAUGUUGGAUGUACUUGUCAAGAAAUUAUGUGUAUCAAGUCUGUUGCUGCCUGGUGAUUCAUAACCACCAGCUUAAUUUCUGUGAAUAUAUUUAAUUUAUGGAAACCAAGAUGUUACGAUAUCAGGGAAAGUGAACUUUUCAUUGUAUCGUUUAAAAAUAAGCUAGUUUUCUGAGGUGUUUUUAACUAUAGUUAGUUCAUCUUAGACUUCUGAAGGGACGCUGACUUCCUAGUAAGUAAGGGGGGUUAGUUUACUACAGCACAUUUUGAAUGUAACAGGACAUUUUGAGAGGUUCAUCUGGCUACUGUAAAUUGGUAGGGAACUGGUGUGCGGCAGUUCCCUGAUGUAGUGUACUGGACCCACUUCAGGUGUAUAACUCUAGUUCCUUUUAGUUAUACGCGAGGAACCAGACUGGAAUCUUAAACCAGACCUGAAGCGUGGACGUAUAUGGAAAUCUAAGAUCAUACUGGCUGAAUUAAGCAUUUUUUCUCCUGCAGUUAAGUAAACCAUGAUUAUGAUCAGUAGUUUGGUAGAAUGAAAAUUUUUUUUUUCUAAGUCAAAAGAAACAGGAUAAACAUGAAGCUCUGGAUAAGUAAAUAACCAAAGCCUGCAAUUCUUAAAGUCUGGUGACUUCAUUAUUUUAAAGAAAUAAAGUUCAUACAAAGAAGCUGAAGUAGGCAAGCUCAAGAAGGAGAAAAUUCGUAAGCAGUAUUUUCGAAGCUUAUCUGAAGUAAAGUAGAAAAGACAAGACAAGAGACAAAGAAGACAAGAAUGAGUAAACCUGUCAGAGUCGAGCUGUUUCUGGAUUUCAGUGGCACUUUCAUGACAAAACCAGCUGUCGACAUGAUUCAGUCACAUCUUCAAAUGGAAAGCUUACCUAGGGUGCACCAGAAAAGACUGGUGGGAUUGCAGACAAGCCAGUUGGACUACAGUGUGCCAAAAAAGAAGAGGAGGAGAUGAGAAGAAGAAACUAGUUACAAGUUGGAUUAUAUGAGAACUGGUGCCACAGUUGACCUAAAAAUAUCCAACUCUUACUUAGAUAUUGCAGUUUAGGGAUUUCAAGUUCAGAACCAAAAGGCAUAGCCAGUAGGUAAUUUUUUUGUUUUUUUUUUAAAUAAACAGAAUUCACUGAUUUCUCUUAA